GGCUCGGCCCUGCUUCCUCCAAUCCUCUUCCACUGCUAUUGUUGUUGAAAAAAGAUACACACACAAAAAAAAGGAGAUGUCUGAAUUUCUUGUUAUAGCUCUGCUGUUGUGUCUUCUCAAAGAUGGAGCAUACAAGGCCACGGCAUGGGAUGAUGCCGACUUCUUCAGCAACUGCCCACCAUCUCGGUGCAGCAAACAUGGUCCGGAGAUCAGGUACCCUUUCCGGCUCGAAUCCAGCAAUACCUCCUCAUUAUGCGGGGCACCAUUCAUGAAGCUUGGAUGCUACGGCGACGACACCAUUCUGGUUCUCCCAACAGUCGUUAUCCAGUACAAAGUGACCGCCAUAGAUUACAGGCAUGGUACCCUCACGCUCGCCCCGCGUGUGGACAACUCGUCUUCCUCCUGCAAGCAGAAGCUCAUGUCAGUGUCCCUACCUCGCAGCAUUAUCAAAUGUGAAAACCUGUACCCCUGCUCACUGCUAUGCUAUUUUGGAUAUGGAAUGAUAGUAAGCUGCUUAAGAGAGUUCACGCCAAGUAAUCUUGCUGUUAAUUACAUCUUCGGCCCAAUCUCGUGCCUUAGCAGCGCGGCCGACUUCUCCUAUUUGGUGGAUCGUUCUGCAUCCAUGUCUGUGCUUCCACUAGAUUGCAGGGUCAUGCCUGAUAGCUACUUUCUGAUGAUGGACACUCGCAAUGACGAUUCAACAUUCAAGGAGAAAGCAGAAACAAUACUCAAUUUCUCAGGUUCGCAAACAACCUACUUGUAUAAUUAUCCAGAGAACUGCACACUGUGUGAACAAGGUGGGCAACGCUGUGGGUUCAAUCCAGACAGGAAUCAAACCUUCUGCAUCAAUCACGGCUCACACGUCAAAGUCAUUGCAGCUACAUCAUCGGUGGCCACAAUAGUGGUUCUUUUGUUAAUGGUAGCCACUGGACUCUAUCUUUCACUUAAGACAAGAUAUAAUGAGGAGAUACACUUGAAGGUCGAAAUGUUUCUCAAGACAUAUGGCACCUCAAAACCCACAAGGUAUAGCUUCUCUGAACUUAAGAAGAUAACAAGGCGAUUUAAGGAAAAAGUAGGUCAGGGUGGAUUUGGGAGUGUAUACAAAGGCGAGCUACCAAAUGGAGUGCCUGUGGCAAUCAAAAUGUUAGAGAACUCUAUAGGCGAAGGAGAAGAAUUCAUCAACGAAGUUGCAACCAUAGGACUAAUCCACCAUGCAAAUAUUGUGCGUCUCCUAGGUUUUUGCUCUGAAGGAACAAGGCGUGCCCUAAUUUAUGAAUACAUGCCUAAUGAGUCACUGGAAAAAUAUAUAUUCUCAAAUGAUUCUAGUAUUUCCCAGGAUCUACUGGUGCCAAAGAAAAUGGUAGAUAUUGCUUUGGGCAUUGCCCGGGGAAUGGAAUACCUACAUCAAGGAUGCAAUAAACGCAUCCUCCACUUUGACAUCAAGCCUCACAACAUCUUGCUAGACUUCAACUUCAAUCCAAAGAUCUCAGACUUUGGCCUAGCAAAACUGUGUGCAAGGGAUCAAAGCAUCGUUACCUUGACAGCAGCAAGAGGCACUAUGGGAUAUAUGGCACCAGAGUUGUACUCUCGGAAUUUUGGUGGGGUAUCCUACAAGUCUGAUGUUUACAGUUUCGGCAUGCUUGUGUUAGAAAUGUUAAGUGGAAGGAGGACCUCAGACCCAAGUGUUGAUAGCCAAAAUGAUGUUUACCUCCCAGAGUGGAUCUUUGAGAGAGUAAUCACUGGGCAGGACUUGGUACUUUCCAGGGAAAUGACUGCAGCAGAGAAAGAAAAGGUAAAACAGCUAGCCAUGGUGGCCCUAUGGUGCAUUCAAUGGAACCCAAAAAAUCGACCCUCAAUGACAAAAGUGGUGAACAUGUUAACAGGGAGGUUGGAGAAUCUGCAGAUGCCCCCAAAGCCUUUCGUCUAAUCUGAAUUCUGAAAGUCAUCCAGUGUCAUAAAAAAUGAAGAAUCAUCGUCAAAUGUACUGAAUAUUAGAGACAACAAAAAAAAAUAGCUCCUCCUGUGUUGGAGAGUAUUCUAUAGUGUAGUGCCUGCAUGAAAACAUGUUUGGAUUGUUCCACCAUGUAUGUAUGUGAUGCAUUAAUAGUAAUUUGUUGGUUUCUUGACUAUGUAGUGCUAGUUAUCUGCAACGUAUCAGAUCUAAGGUGGACUUGGCUUGUGUGUAAUAGCUUAAAGAGCCAUAUUGCUUCAAUUCAUAAUGAUCUUGCCAUGAUUUA